GUUCACCGAUGCGAAGCGUGUAUCAUUGUAGAUUUUGUUGACCGAAACAUGCUUCCCCGCGUGGUAACGCCUGCAUAAAUAUUCGUUAAUAUUUACCUUGUUGGUUUUCAACUCAAGCGUGGUGACCUAAUAGUUUUACAAUAAAACAAGAAUGUUAUAAUACUUCUCACCAUGAAGAAGAUUUGUGUUGUUGGAGCCGGAAUUAUAGGAUUAUCUUCUGCUAUCAGGAUUCAAGACAGAUACCCAAAAAUUGACAUCACAAUUAUAGCUGAUAAAUUUUCUCCCAACACUACUUCGGACGGUGCAGGUGCUUUAUUUGAAGUGUUCGCAGUCGGAGAUACUCCAUUAGAGCUAGUCCAAAAAUGGGCCAAAGAAACCUGGGAUCAUUUGAAAAAUGUGGCAUUUUCCGUUGAAGCAGACAGUGCUAGAGUUCAACAUGUAUCAGGAUAUUGGGUCACAGGCGACCCGCCGAUGACUUCGGAAACAAGCCCGGAUGAAGAAAAUACUAGCAGAAGAUUGACUUCAGAAGAGAUGCAAUUAUUGUUUCCGAGGGCUAAGUCGGGAAAGUUUUUCACAUCAUAUUUAGUUGACUGCACUUCUUACCUACCGUGGUUAAUGAAACAGUAUAUGAACAAGGGUGGGAAGAUUAUAAAUAAGACUAUUCAGUCUUUGGACGAGUUAUAUCCAUUGUAUGAUAUUAUCAUCAAUUGUUCUGGACUACACUCACAUCAGUUAUUGGGUGAUAAAGAGUUGUUUCCUGCUAGGGGAGAGACUAUACGGGUUCAUGCCCCAUGGAUUAAACAUUUCUAUGUUCAAGAUAUUGGUGACGAGUUUACUUACAUCUUCCCAGGGUCUAAAAAUGUUGUAUUAGGAGCCACAUUUCAGAAGGGUAACUGGAACACAAAACCUAACCACGAAGACAGGGCAGCUUUGUUUGAGAGAUGUUGUCAAAUACAUCCUAGUUUAAAAAUGGCUACUGUAGAUUACAGUUGGGUUGGUUUACGCCCAUGCAGAAGUCGAGUAAGGUUGGAGUUGGAACCCCCCUCAGCACACACUAAAUGUCGGGUUAUACAUAAUUAUGGUCAUGGAGGAGCAGGUGUUACAUUACACUGGGGAUGUGCUCAAACAGUUGUUGAUUUACUACGAGAUCUGAUAAACAACACAUAUAUUAAUUCUAAACUAUAAACUUAAUGACACUAGCGGUUAUCAGUGUCAUCGUGAUUACACAAAAAUUAGUCUGUUGAUUAAUUCUAAACUAUAAACUUAAUAACACUAGCGGUUAUCAGUCUCAUCAUUAGUCUGUUGAUUUCAAAAUGUGUCUAUACGCCUUCUAAUAUUUAAGACUAAAACUGAAAAAGUAGGCUAUUUUUUCAUUAGGUUGAAUCACGUAUGGAUUAAUUCUGUGCUAUAAUGUGAAAAGAUAUUUGUUAUCUAUGUAUACGCCUUGUACAUUUGCAGGGAAAUAUGCUGGUGUGUCUUUGCUUCUGUUUGGAUCAAUCUUUGAGUCGCACCAAUCAUCUAAGAUCAGUUUUGGUCACAGAUAACAAAAGUUAAAUCAUUCUAAUAUAAGUAUAGGUAUCGGUACUAGGUGAUAUGUCUUGGCUUUCAGGGGUUUAGUAGACAUAAAUAAAUAGUAGACAUAAAUAAACGAAAGUGUGAUAUUUUGAGUGGAGAAACGAACUGAAAAGUUACAGAGGUGAGAAAAUACGUAACAGUGGUCAAUACCACUGAAACGUUUCGUUACACAUAGUCAUAGAGUGGGAUGGUUCGUAACAGCAUAUAUAUAUAUAUAUAUUGUGAAAAAAUACAUGACAUCCUUCCCUCUUAGUUCAUAACUCAACUAAUAUAAACACAUUCUAUUGUUCCCAUGUUAGUUUAAACUUAAAAAAAUUAUCCUGUCAUGUAUAGACAAUUAUUGUUCAGUGCUAACCUGUAAAUAAAAACUUGAUUA